UAAACCCUAAUUUCUCCGUCUCUCUUUUGUUCUUCCGGACUAAGUGUAUAGUGUCCUUGAGACGGCGAAGAUUCGAAAAUGAGUAAGCUUCAGAGUGAAGCUUUGAGAGAAGCCAUCUCAUCUAUCUUCACCGAUAGCAAUGAGAAAAAGAGGAAGUUUACCGAGACCAUUGAGCUUCAGAUCGGGCUGAAGAACUAUGAUCCUCAAAAGGACAAGCGUUUCAGUGGUUCUGUGAAGUUGCCCCACAUUCCCCGCCCCAAGAUGAAGAUUUGCAUGCUUGGUGAUGCCUUGCACGUUGAAGAGGCUGAAAAGAUUGGUCUAGAUUAUAUGGACGUGGAAGGCUUGAAGAAGCUAAAUAAGAACAAGAAAUUGGUGAAGAAGCUCGCCAAAAAAUACCACGCCUUUUUGGCAUCUGAAGCUGUUAUCAAGCAGAUCCCUCGUCUUCUGGGCCCUGGUCUCAACAAAGCAGGAAAAUUCCCAACAUUGGUGACGCACCAAGAAUCACUUGAGUCCAAGGUUAAUGAGACCAAGGCAAUGGUUAAGUUUCAACUGAAGAAGGUUCUUUGCAUGGGAGUGGCCGUGGGAAAUGUUGCCAUGGAGGAGAAGCAAGUCUUCCAAAAUGUUCAAAUGAGCGUCAAUUUUCUGGUUUCUUUAUUGAAAAAGAAUUGGCAGAAUGUUAGGUGCCUGUACCUGAAGAGCACGAUGGGGAAGUCGUACCGGGUUUUCUAAGCUCUGUUAGCAAUCUAGUCAGUUUUAUGUUUGAUCUUUUUUACUGUUGACGUUAUUUUUUGAAGAGCAGUUUUGUGAAUUGAGCGUUUUUGAUUGAAUGAUUCUUCAACAAAGAAACAGGGAUGCUCUUUUCUCCUUUAAAACGACAAUUGAUAAUGAAGUUUUUAUUCCCAUCAACCAAACUUAUUCCCAA